UUUCUCUUGCAAGACUGUUUUUGUACACUAAAAUAUUGUUAUUAUUUUAUAAAGUCUAUGCGGAAGAAGUAUGGGACGUAGAAAAUCUAAAAGGAAGCCGCCGCCGAAGCGAAAGAAUAUCCAACCUUUGGAUCAACAAUUUAAUUGUCCAUUUUGUAAUCAUGAAAAGACAUGUGAAGUAAAAAUGGAUAAGAGUCGAAAUACUGCAAGAAUCGCAUGUCGCGUAUGUUUAGAAGACUAUCAAACUUCUAUUAAUUUUCUUUCGGAGCCCAUUGAUGUUUAUAAUGACUGGGUGGAUGCCUGCGAAACCGCAAAUUGACAUUUAAUUCGUAUGCCGUUUUAUCUUUA